AUGGGAGCCGCAACCGUGGGCCUGGGCCGGGACUGGCAGCGGUGCCGCGGGACCGGAGACACAACCGCUGGGCCAGAGCACUGGUGCCGGUGCCGCAACUGCGGGCCCGGGCUUGGACCAGCACCGGCGCUGCAGGGCCAGAGCCGCAGCCAUGGGCCCAGGACUGGGCUGGGACCAGUACCAGCGCCGCGAUGCCAGAGCCGGAGCCGCAGCGCCGGAGCUGGAACCGCAACUGCAGGCCCGGGCCGGGACCGGCACCAGUGCCGUGGGGCCAGAGCUGGCGCCGCGGGGCCGGGCCGGGACUGGCUCCGGCGCCACAGGGGCCGGGACCGGCGCCAGAGAUGUGGGGGCCGGGCCCAGCACCAUACCACCCUGGCCACCAGGGAGCCUCCCGCCAGUACCACCCUGGCCACCAGGGAGCCUCCCGCCAUUACCACCCUGGCCACGGAGGAGCCUCCCACCAUUACCACCCUGGCCAUGGAGGAGCCUCCCACCAUUACCACCCUGGCCACGGAGGAGCCUCCUGCCAGCCCCACCCUGGCCACGGAGGAGCCUUCUGCCAGCCCCACCCUGGCCACGGAGGAGCCUUCUUCCAGCUCAGAACAGGAGUUGAAUGACUGCGUGACAAACACCAGCAGCUCCGCAAACUCCUGCGGGGCCAGCAGCUCCUCCGUGAGGUCUGGCAGCCCAGAGUUUAAAGGCUCCCUCUUUGGAGACACCCCCAGUGCCCAGGUGUCGUGGGGUGAGGAGGAGGAGGAGGAAGAAGAGGAGGAAGAAGAGGAGGAGGUGGAGGAUUUGUCCCCCAUCACGGUGAUCCAACAGCACCUCCAGGGCAGAGCUGAGCUGGUGGCGGACAGGGCCAAACAGCUCCGCUUCCUACACGCUUUGCCGCGUCUCUGCUUCUCAGCACAGAAGCAGGGGCGGGACACCCUGGAGCCCCCGGUCUCCAAAGCGGCCCUCGUGGAGAGCAUUGCAGAGCUGAUUGAAAAUCUCCCUGGUCCAUCAGAGCCAAGUUCCAUCAUGCCCAGCUCCAUGGCCGCAGUUUGCAGCCUCAGCAAACUGAAGCCACCGCUUGCCCUGGAGCUAGAAUCUCGCCUCCUGCAGGCUCUUCUGAACAGGAUGUACACCCUGGGCACUGGGCAGGACACCACACACCUCCGGGCUCUGUACAACAACUAUUCACAGAGCCUGGACGUCCUGCUCAGGGGCCUGCUGACGGAGACCCCCACCAUGGAGAAGCUGCAGCACCUCCAGGUGGAAUGCGAUUGCGGCUCGGGGGAAUCACCGGCAGACAAGGUGAACACAGGAAGUGCUAUGUCCCUCUACUCCUCCUCCUCUGAGCUGACUGGCCUGUAUACAAAGACCUCCAUGGCCAGCUUACAGAUCUCCUGCACCUGGUGGAAGAUGAGCUGA